GUCUGCUCUGGAGAGGGUACAUGUUUUACAAUCAGCGGCAGAAGCAGCAGGACACAUGUUACAAUCUUCCUCCUUCACUCUGCACAAAAUUUCCAGAACUCUUCUUCUUCUGACGAUGGCUCCAAAACCACAGCGCUUCCACCAGUUCGCCGAUAGUAGUACUUUGGGUGGCGGUGUCAAAAGGGCAAGAACCAUCAGCGUCAUGAGCUCCACGGCUGGGGCUGACUCUGAGUCUUCUUCUUCUUCUUCUUCUCAGAUGAAAAACGCCUUCUCUAACUAUGCCCAGUACCUUAAUGACCUCAAUGAGAAAAGAGAAAGGGUUGUGAAAGCAAGUCGGGAUAUCACUAUGAAUAGCAAGAAGGUUAUAUUUCAGGUCCACAGGAUUAGCAAGCAUAACAAAAAGGAAGUUCUAGAAAAAGCAGAAAAAGAUCUUGCAGCAGUGAAGGAUCAGCAUGUAUCGCGACUCGUACAGGAACUACAGGGGACUGAUUUCUGGAAGCUACGACGAGCAUACUCUCCUGGGGUCCAGGAGUAUAUUGAAGCUGCAACACUAUGUAACUUUUGCAAGACUGGGACUCUUUUAAUACUUGAUGAGAUCAAUGCUAGCUUGCUACCACUGAGUGAUCCAUCGCAUGAACCUCUGCAGAUUAACAUUCUAGACUAUCUCUUGGGGCUUGCAGACUUGACGGGAGAGUUAAUGAGGUUGGCAAUUGGUAGAAUAUCAGACGGUGAACUUGAAUAUGCUGAGAAGAUAUGCAAAUUUGUGCGGGAAAUCUAUAGGAAACUGACUAUUCUUGCUCCUGAAAUGGAUGAAAGUUCAGACAUGAAAAUGAAGAUGGACACAAUGCUCCAAAGUGUUAUGAAAAUAGAAAAUGCAUGCUUCAGCGUUCAUGUUAGAGGAUCGGAGUAUAUCCCGCUUGUUGGAUCUGCUGAUUCCAGUUAUUCUCUGAUUGGCUUGCCUGAUUUUGAACAAUGAAGCGAUGAUGCAUCUCCCAGAGCUUUGCCAAGUUUGUCCUGCUCUAUCUGCAGUUACUUUUGGACGCAUAUUCCAGAUACUAGGGAUUGGUUAUAAUUAAUUAUUCGAUCAAGAAUCAGUCUCUUUUCUCCUAGCUGAUUGUGGACUGUUGCUUUGGGAAUUUAAGUAUACCCUUAUUAGAGUUGCUUUUCAAUGCCAAUCAGAUGAUGGAGAAUCAAAAACUUUUCAACAAGAAGUCGAGUCAGCUGUCUGUAUCCCUCUUUUCAAUGCUCCAACCAGGUGCUGCAUUCAUUGCCACACAGAAGAAGUGUAAGAAGAGAAAAACGCGAAUGAAUUUUCCUUAGCUUGUCGAGGAACUGUAUCAUCCAAAUUAGAUCACCAAUGGAUUAUUGCUUUGUGUUCGAGCUGCUGCUUAUUUGGCC